UUUGAUGGUAGUUUGUUGGCGCUUUAGCACCAGCGGAUUUAAUACUUGAUAUUUAAAUCUCACUCUGUUAACCGAUUGUUCGCUAGGCAAGGAUGAUGCAGAUCUUCCUAGUCGCCUUCGAAGUUCUUUGGAUUGCAUGCUUUUCAUUUGCAAAGCCAUUGACAGUCAGCGACAUUGUUCCUCCAGGUUACGAUAAACUUUUACCACCUAAAGUAAUAAAAGGUGAUAGGAGUUUACCGGUAAAUGUCACUCUCGGGAUGUACGUCUUGCAAUUACGCUCAUUUGAUGAAGUGGAAAUGGAUUUCAAAAUGGACAUAAUAAUUAGGGAACAAUGGAAGGAUGGUCGGUUAAUGUUUCCUGAAGAUAUAGCAGGAAAUCGGUCCAAAGUCGUGCUUGAUCCAGUAUGGAGAAAUGACAUAUGGACACCGGAUAUAUGGUUCAAAAAUGCUUUGGAGAUAACACUGCAAAAAUGGGUUACACGCAGUGUACUGUAUUGGAUAGAAAAAGAUAAAACUCUGCAUUUCGCUGGAAGAGUGACGCUUGAACUAAGCUGUGAUAUGCGCAUGGAAAAAUAUCCUCAUGACAGCCAGUUUUGUGGUAUUUCCAUCAUAUCUUUGAUGGAUCCGUCGACUGACCUUAAGCUGAACUGGAAUGAAUCACGAGCAGUUCGAAUAAGUAGUAUUUUGACUCUUCCACAGUUUGAAGUUGGUGACGUGUCACUCGGCCGUUGUGACACAUAUAUGUACGAAGAAACAUACAGCUGCAUUAAUGCAACUUUUCUGCUGAACCGCCGGAUUGGCUACUUCAUCAUCAACACGUACAUUCCUACGGUCCUCAUAGUUUUCAUGUCGAUGCUCAUAUUCUGGAUUCCUCCUGAAUCAGCACCAGCUCGAGUAUCUCUUGGAGUGACUUCUUUGUUAACAAUUAUCACCAAGCAAUAUCAAUCCACAAUGCCUAGUGUGUCUUACAUAGUGGCUUUGAAUAUCUGGUUAUCUUCUUGCGUUGCAUUUGUCUUCUGUAGCCUCCUAGAGUACGCACUUGUCCUUACAUUAUUAAAGAGGAAAGAAAAUGAAGCGAAAUCCAUCACUGACGAUCAAACUGAAGGAUCUGCUGGGAAAGAAAUCACAAAUAUUGGCACCGGUAACAGCGAAAGAAAAUCUGGAAAAAGUGCUUGGAUUAAUAAACAUUGCCAUAGGUUUCAGAAUUCACCUCAUUUGAUCGAUACGGUAUCUAAAUUCGUGUUUCCUAUUGCAUUUAUUGUAUUUUGUAUAGCAUAUGCAAAUCUAUACGUUACGUAGACUUAUGUUACGUAUGUAGUAUAUAUGUAUGUAUUGUAUUUAUAAUGUGGUGCUUGUGAAAUUAAAGUGAAAGUUUAAUUGGUUAUGAAAGCCGUAAAUGUGUAUGUCACAUUUAGGUGAAAAAUUUUCUGCUGUUCCCCAAUUAAAACUAUGUAAUGUUUCCAAAACUUUCUUCACAGGCUUUAAAAUGGAUAUUUAUUCCAAUAUUGAUAAUAUUUAUUAUUUCAAAAUUGAAUUAUUAUAUCAUUUAUAGUUAAGAUUAUUAUUUUUCAUACGCAUUUUGUAUUCACUGUAUCAUCUACUUUCCAUACAGUUCUGCUUUGACGUUCUUUAAAAAUGACAAAAUUUAAUAGUGUAAAUAAAUAUUUAUUUAUUCUAUUGAAUAUCUGAUAAGUAUAACAUUCUUCUAAAACCGAAGUUGGAACAUGUUGUAAUGUUUUAUUUCUUACCUGCUCCAAGAAAGCCUACGCGAUUAGAAAUUAGUUCUUCGUUUGCAAUGAGGAAAAUACUAUUAUGAAUUUUCUGUUAAAAGACUUGCUUAAAUGGUUAUCAUUUAAUAACUUUUUGUGGAAUGAAACGAUCAUUUUUCAAAGGAUAGCAACAUCAAAAUGAAAGGGCAUUUGGGAUAUCAUCAAAUAUCCAGCGGAAUGCCAGUGAAAUUUUGAUGACUGAUCUAAAUGUCCUUAAACAGCUCAUAUUUCAAGAAGUUUAUAAUUAUUUUGAGCAUUUGUAAACUGAAAAAUAAUUAAGAUAAAAAUUCAUUGUAAUGGUAUAAUGACUGAAAGUUAAGGAAAACGUCCUACAACCAUUGAAUGGACAGAAAUUUUCAGUUUUUUUUCCUCCAAAUCUGCUAAAAAUACGAUUUCUGGCACUAGGAAUGCAACAUUUCAUGAUGGUGAUUUUUUAAAACGAUAAAGACUCAAAGAAGAAUUUCAGGAAAUAAACCAUUUAACUUAUAGGUGUUCUAUAAGAGGCUGAAGAGGAUUAGGAUAUGAGUCUGCAUAUCGCCCAUUUAAAAUGUAAUCAUGAACUGUGGCUGUAAUACACUUAUACGAAGAUACGAAAUUCUCAGGCAAUUUCCUUGGUGUCUCGAGUAAAGUAUAUAUGUAACUCAUAGUAUAUAUUUAACGAGAAAUGGAAAAUAAAACCCGAAAACAAAUGUUUUUUAAAACAGCGAUUGACACUGAUAAUACAAAAUAACUGGAGAAAAAUCAGUCUAGAAUUAAUUAAAGAAAAUUACAUCAAAACUGUGCUAAAAACGUUGAACCGUAUUUUGAAAGCUAAUAGGAAUCCAAUAAAAUAAUUUGUUUAGUUAAGAAUUCUUUUUUAAACAAAAAAAUCUGAUCACUUAGAGCGUGUAAGGGUGUUUAACUGCCUUAAUCACUAAUUUCUUCUUAGUGAAACUUAUAAAUUAUGUCUGUAGAACGUCGAGUUAUCGCCUUUUUUCUUAAUCGGGCAAUGGACUCAGUAUACCAAAAAAAAAAUGUAAAAAUUAAUCUUUAUCUCCUUGUCGCUAUUAACUUCAAAUAAUACGACAUAAAAUUUAAGUCUCUUUGACGGAAACUGGUGGAUGGAAUUUUACAAUAAAUUAACUGGCAACAAAACUAAUGAUUCUAUGCGAAGAUGCAACACUAACUGUGUCUAAUAGUCGAAGCUUAAUAAUGUUCAACGCUUACUGGCCCAUGUUUUCAAAUGCCGGAUUUCAUGUCUAUUCCUACACCAGCGGCUUCCUUUCAAUAAACGGGAGCAGCGGAAACAAAAGCCAAAUCUCUACAAAUUCCAGCCGGCUAACUAUAUUUCCUCUCACUUUAAACUAUUUAACUUACUCUGAAAUAUGCAUAAACUUCUAGACUGAGUGGUACGUGACGAAAUGAGUCAUAAAAAUAAGAAUUAGCGUAGUUUUUUAAUUACUACUAAAGCACAAUGUCACAACUUUCGUGGCCUAAUUUCCCAUAUAAAAGCGAAAGUUCUGAGUUCAGUAUUCAGAUUUUUUUAGCUCAAAAUCUUAUGCUUGAGAUUAGGGUAACAAGAAGACUAAUAAAUUCAUACCUCUGAGAAAAUUACAUUUUACAAUUUCAGUUUAACGCAUUUAGAUGUUUCACAUUGUCUUCGGAUUUAAAAGUUUGUAAUCACUUUUGUGAGACACUGUUAUGUUAACUUAAAAAUUUUAAAAAAUUAGUUAAGUUAAAAGUAAAAGUUGAAAAGUAGCAUAAUAUUAUUAUAAAUAUAUCUGAAAUUUCUCUUCCGCUUUCGUAGAAAACAUAUACUUUUGUUUAACUUGUGAUGUUGCGUGGCCCCAACUUGCCCGCAGCAAUAGUAGUGACUGCUAUGAACUGGAAAUUACACAAACUCUUAAGAAGGGUUUAACUCCCUUUUAUUAUUCCACUUUAGAAGUUACAGAAUGC